AAACCUCAAAAAGCCUUCGGGGUCGCGACACAAAUUCGAGCAACGACCGGCGAGCGAGCAUCCUGUGUGGGUCUGAUUAGCUGUGUCUGUGGAUAAGAAAGACACCUGUUCCUGUUCCCUGUCCCUUUGGCGAUGGCUAAAUAGCACCCACCACCGCUAUCUACUGGCCUGAACGACAAGACAAGACAAGACAAGCCAUGGAGAAAUUCUCCCAGUUUCGAGACCGAGGCUCCGGCAUCGCGCCGUUUCUCCCCAUGCCAUCGCAGCCCGUGGGAUUCCAGCUGCCGCUGCGAGUGUUUCUCUUCUGCUUCCGCCUGCCGCUGUUCGUGUUCGCGUGCGCCUGUUACUUUCUCAUUCUACAAUGGCUUCCGAUUGGCGCGUUGGGCAAGAAGGCUUCGCUCUGGUGUAUCCUGGGGAUUCCCAGUAUAUGGUGGAUUGAUUUACAAGUGGACGGUGUGCGAAAGGGCUCCCUCUCAAAAUACCACCACCAAGCCCGCCUCCCCGGCCCCAACUCCAUCAUCGCCUCCUCCUUCACCUCCCCCAUUGACCCGCUGUACCUCGCCGCCAUCUUCGACCCCAUCUUCACCGCCUCCUACCCCAGCACCCGCCAAGUCGCACCCCUCUCGCUCCUCCAGGCCAUCCUGCGCUGCUUUGCCCCGCCGCAACUGCACCCGCCCCAGGACACCCCCCUGUACGACCUCGCCGCCCUCGCCCGCAAAUACCCGGGCCGCCCCAUCGUCGCCUUCGCAGAAUGCACCACCACCAACGGCCGCGCCAUCCUCCCGCUCUCGCCCGCCCUCCUGGGCGCCUCGCCGGCCGCCAAGAUCUUCCCCGUGAGUCUGCGGUACACGCCCGUCGACGUGGUGACCCCGGUCCCGGCGAGCUAUGUGAGUUUCCUGUGGACGCUGCUGAGUGCACCGACGCAUUGUAUCCGGGUGCGGAUUGCGGAGCCGGUCGCUGGUGCUGGUGCUGGUGCUGGUUCCGCUGACCGUGACGGUGACGGUGCGGAGCUUACGGCUAGCGAGCAGGCGCUGCUGGAUACCGUGGGGGAUUCCCUGGCGCGGCUGGGUCGAGUCAAGCGGGUGGGGUUGGGGGUUCGCGAGAAGCUGGAUUUCGUGAGGAUGUGGACGCGCACGCGACGGACUUGGUAGCGUAGGUUUGGUAUACUAGGUAGGUAUACUAGGUAGGUACUGUGUUGGGGAGUUGCCUGUGGAUAGGUCGGUAUUCUGUCUCUGCGGGUAGAUACAUGCAUAUGCAUAUAUGUACGUUACUUUUGUUAGUCUAGUCCAG